ACACACACACGCAGGAGCGCACACCCAAGCCCAAAGGCAGCCGGCACCACCGCAGCCCCACGCCGGAGCGGCGCCCGCCCGCCCGCCCGCGGGGCGCGCUGCCCGCCGCGGCCAUGGUGCGCUCCUGAGAGCGGCCCCCGGGGCCAGCGCGGCGGACCAUGAACCUGGUGGGGGGCUACCAGCACCACCACCACCACCACCACCACCACAUGCUGCACGACCCCUUCCUCUUGGGGCCGGCGGCGCGGUGCCACCCGGAGCGCGCCUACUUCCCCGGCUGGGUGCUCAGCCCGGCCGAGGCGGCCCCCGAGCUCGCCGGGCAGAGCCCCAGCUACGGCCCCAGCGAGUUCGGCCCGGCGGGCCCGGCGCGGCUGGAGGCGCUCAGCGGCCGCCUGGGCAGGCGGAAAGGGGUCGGCGGGCCCAAGAAGGAGCGCCGCAGGACGGAGAGCAUCAACAGCGCCUUCGCCGAGCUCCGCGAGUGCAUCCCCAACGUGCCCGCCGACACCAAGCUCUCCAAGAUCAAGACCCUGCGCCUGGCCACUAGCUACAUCGCCUACCUGAUGGAGGUGCUGGCCAAGGACAGCCAGCCCGGGGACACCGAGGGCUUCAAAGCCGAGCUCAAGAAGGCCGACGGCAGGGAGAACAAGAGGAAACGGGAGACGCCCGAAGCCUACUCGCAGCCUUUAGGCGCCGGCGAGAAGAAGCUGAAGGGCCGGACGGGUUGGCCCCAGCAGGUCUGGGCUCUGGAACUGAACCCCUGAGGGCGGCCCGACGGCUCCGCGGCGCCCGCCCCUCCCUGUGCAAUGUCGCGGAGAGCCCGGCCCGGCCCAGCCCGGCCCGGCUCGCCGCGGCCCCGGGAGCCGCGGGGGCGGCCACGCGCGACGC